AAAUAAUAAAUAUUAAUUAAUAAAAAAAAUAGUAAAAAAUUUUAUAAAAAAAGCUAAUCGAUAUUCAAAAUGUACUAAAACCAAGCCUAAUAUCCUCCAAAUUAUGCAUAGCCUCCUAUGGCUUAAUAGCCUAUGAAUAUGCAAAUGUAACCAGUUUAAAAUAUGACAAACUCUACUCCUUUCCCUGUUUAAGCAACAUGUCCUAGCUGUUAAAAAACUCAAACAACCGUAGUUGAGACAAAAGCCGGUUCAGGAACCUGGAAAAUGUGCUGCAUUCUAUUCUGUUUUACAGGUUGCUGCUGCAUACCUUUUUGCAUGGAUAGCUGUAAAGAUAAGAUCCAUCAUUGCUCAAAUUGCCAAACCGAGAUAGGAAAAUUCGAAUAUAAAGUGUGUUGA